AUGGCAACACAUCGCCAUGAAUAUCGUCAGUGGCCGUUUCUCACGGAAGAAGAGUUUGAGCUCGCCUGUGCGUUUCUGGAUCGAAGAUAUUGUCGAGCGUCGUUGGGACCUGCAAGGAAGAACCUCAAGCUGUCCAUGGGACGAACAGCAACUACUGGAUCAUGCUAUGUUGAAAUCAUCCGAUUAAUUCACCCACCAAAAGAUGAUGAUGAUCUGUUACUUGCUCUUAGCAAUUUGAGUAGUGGUUACGCUCCAAAUUCUGCUCCGAGUCAAGAGGUGGAGAUGAUGGAUGAGGAUGAAGACGAUGAGGCACUGCGUCCAAAUAAGCCUUGGAGACUGGAGAGUGACGCUACCCCCCGAUACAGUCUUUAUUCUCACCAGCCUUACGUUACCUAUGAGAUUCACCUACAUCCCACUUACAGAAUACCGACUUUGUGGUUUACGCUUCACGAUUUACCAAACGAUGAGCCUGCGUUUGACAUAAAUUCAGUGUAUCGACAUCUCGUGCCGGAAGAGUACAAAAGUGAACUUCGUGCAAUGGGAGUUAUGGGUGGAAUUUCUGCUGCUCCGCAUCCCAUCACAGAUGUACCGGCAUUCUUCAUUCAUCCAUGCCAAACCAGGGAGGCAAUGGAGAAUUUUGACUGCCCGGCAGAUAAUUAUUUAAUGGUAUGGCUUGGCUUGAUAGGUGGGUGUGUGGGACUAUGGAUGCCUCAUGAAAUGGCUCAGGAAGAUCUAUAG